CCCUGAUUUCUCUUCCUGUAAUUCCUGUCGCGCAACACAGCUAGCUAGGUCGACUCUCACUACUCUCAGCCACACCUUCGUCUUUGGAGGUUGGCUUCUUCUUCCUCGUUCAUUUUCCUCUCUUUAAUCCAAGUUUUUGAAAGAGAUGGCAGACGCUGAAGAUAUUCAGCCACUUGUUUGUGACAAUGGAACUGGAAUGGUGAAGGCUGGCUUUGCUGGUGAUGAUGCUCCUAGGGCUGUUUUUCCCAGUAUUGUUGGUCGUCCCCGACAUACCGGUGUCAUGGUUGGAAUGGGCCAAAAAGAUGCCUAUGUUGGGGAUGAGGCUCAGUCCAAAAGAGGUAUCCUUACCUUGAAAUAUCCCAUUGAGCAUGGUAUAGUCAGUAACUGGGAUGACAUGGAAAAGAUUUGGCAUCACACAUUUUACAAUGAACUUCGUGUUGCUCCCGAAGAGCACCCUGUGCUUCUGACUGAGGCUCCACUCAACCCAAAGGCUAACAGAGAAAAGAUGACUCAAAUCAUGUUUGAGACGUUUAAUGUGCCUGCUAUGUACGUUGCCAUCCAGGCCGUUCUGUCCCUAUAUGCUAGUGGACGUACAACUGGUAUUGUGCUGGAUUCUGGUGAUGGUGUGAGUCACACCGUUCCCAUUUACGAGGGUUAUGCCCUCCCUCAUGCAAUUCUUCGUUUAGACCUUGCCGGUCGUGACCUCACUGAUGCUUUGAUGAAGAUUCUCACCGAAAGAGGUUACAUGUUCACCACUACUGCUGAACGGGAAAUUGUCCGUGACAUGAAGGAGAAGCUGGCAUAUGUUGCUCUUGACUAUGAACAAGAACUCGAGACUGCAAAGAGCAGUUCCUCUAUUGAGAAGAACUACGAACUUCCUGAUGGACAAGUCAUCACCAUUGGAGCUGAAAGAUUCCGUUGCCCAGAAGUUCUAUUCCAACCAUCUCUCAUUGGUAUGGAAGCUGCAGGAAUCCACGAAACUACCUACAACUCCAUCAUGAAGUGUGACGUAGAUAUCAGAAAGGACCUUUACGGAAACAUCGUCCUCAGUGGUGGCUCAACCAUGUUCCCUGGCAUUGCAGACAGGAUGAGCAAGGAAAUUACAGCCCUCGCUCCCAGCAGCAUGAAGAUUAAGGUUGUUGCCCCACCCGAAAGGAAAUACAGUGUCUGGAUUGGAGGGUCUAUUCUCGCAUCCCUAAGUACCUUCCAGCAGAUGUGGAUUUCAAAGGGUGAAUAUGAUGAAUCGGGCCCAUCCAUUGUCCACAGGAAGUGUUUCUGAGCUGCUGGUCAGUUUCUUUGCUGGUGAGUUAUUUUUCCCUUUAGUUGGCUUUUUUGUGUCAUGUAAUGUUGAACUGAGAUUGGUUGGCGUCAAAGGAGGAAGGAAGGGGGGGACUGUGUUAGAUUUGUUGUAUCAAUGCAUUUUCAUUCACUAUGAUUCUCCAUUCAUACGGUGGCCUUGUUGUUGGAAGCUCACAAUUGCUGGUGACCCUCCAGAUUUGUGGCAAAAAGAAUCUGUUCUGUUCUGUCAUCUGUGGUUCUCGACCAAAUGAUUUUAGGGAUAUUCGUAGCAGAAAGAGUGAUUGUGAUGCUUUUCCUAAAUAUAUACUUUUUUUCCAAUUUUCUUUUCUUUUUGAAGGUUUUUCCUGAGAACAUUAAUGUUAAUAUUUAUUGUAUGCGAAA